UGAGAAUACACUGAUCUCUUUGGAUUGACUUGAUACAACAUUGCCUUCUUGGACUAUUACUCGAGCCCAGCACUACAGCCUAUUGCUCUGUGGAUAUUUGCCAUCUCUUUGCUUUUACACAUCCUCUCGGAAUACUUGCAUUCAGCUCGAACCAUGACUCUGGAAGAGGUUCACGGACAGGACACCGUUGUUGAAAGCAGUGACAGGAUGCACAAAGCUGGCAAAGCCCUGCACGAAUUGCUGCUCUCUGCCCAGAGACAGGAGUGUCUGACCGUUGGAGUCUAUGAGUCUGCCAAAGUAAUGAAUGUAGAUCCUGACAACGUCACAUUCUGUAUUCUGGCAGCUGAUGAGAUUGACGAGGGUGACAUUGCCCUGCAGAUUCAUUUCACUCUAAUUCAGGCUUUCUGCUGUGAAAACGACAUCAAUAUUGUCAGGCUGAAUGACACAGAAAAACUAGCAGAAAUUCUGGGAAGCACUGAUGAUUCCGAAGAGCCCAAAGAUCUGCAUUGCAUCCUUAUUACGAAUCCCAACGAGGAUGCCUGGAAAGAUCCCGCUUUAGAAAAACUUGGUCUAUUCUGCGAAGAAAGUCGCAAUCUUAACGACUGGGUGCCUUCUAUUGCACUGCCAGAGUGAAGGACUAAUUUGGGCAUUAGAUUGUGAAAUCUUUUCUGCAUUCUUAUCAUGGUGUUGUGCACCUGGAUGGGCCAGCAGCGUUCCCAGAGUGGGGAUUACGCUGGUUGAAGUUGGAUUAUCCCGCUGAGACUGGCGAGAAGUUGGCUCUUGUGGAGCAAUAGAGUAAGGUGGAAACUUGAAGAAAUUGAGUGGUUCAUACCAAUUGGUGCAACGCCUUAUACCACAGGACUGGCACUGUUGCGGCAGUCAAACAUUGUGGACCGAAGUAGAAUUCUGCAUUUAUGCUGGCUGGGUGGAAGUGCCGUCAGUGGAAAGCUUUAAGAUGGGCAUUCGGUAACAACAAGCUGAAGAGCGACAACAUAUUCUGAACUGUUUUUUUUUUUUUUUGGAGCUUUCUGGCAUGCUCAGACUGUGAAACACAUUCAAAGAGGAUGGAUUCUGGACUAUGCUAUUGCAGCAGUUGAGACUUUAAGUGCUGCUCUGCAGCUUAUAAAUCCUAUACAGUGCAAUACCAUCUAUCCUGCUGUUUGAAGACUGUUAACAUCAUUACUUUUUUUUUUUAACCUGGCACUGUUCUGAAAUACUAUAUGAAUUAAUUUUUUUAACACAGAUACUGGUGUUAAUUUUCAAAUAUGUACUUCAAUAAA